AUGGAGGGCAAGAAAACGUCAAAGCGACAUAUCAAGCGUGUCCGGAUAAAUGUGACCCUGUGCAGGUACGAGGUGGUGCGCCGUGUAGCGCGAGCUCGAGGUUGGAAGCUCGUGACAGACGGCAAACCCGAAGGUAAGCCGUCCGUAUGCAAUAUUCACUGGAUCGACGUGCCCGACAUCCUCCCGACAUUCAAGACACUGCUACCGUAUCAGAAGGUGAAUCACUUUCCAGGAAUGGCCAACCUGGCAUGCAAGUCCAAACUAGCACGAAAUCUCGAGCGCAUGAAGAAACUUUUCCCACUUGAGUAUGGCUUCGUUCCUCGGACAUGGAUCUUGCCGUUCGACCAGUACGAUUUCCAGCAGAAUUUCAACUCGAAAGGCGAAAGUCAGCGCACGUUCAUCGUGAAACCCGACCACAUGUGCCAAGGACGUGGCGUGUUUCUCACUCGAACACUCGCACAAAUACCACGGGGAGACGUCCUUGUUGCUCAGGAAUACGUUGCUCGGCCUCUGCUCAUUGACGACAAGAAGUUUGAUCUACGCAUUUACGUCCUUGUGACUUCAUGUUCGCCACUUCGCGUCUACAUUUUCAAGGACGGUUUAGUGCGAAUAUGUACAGCUGACUACGUGGUUCCCAAUGCAGAAAACCUUGAGCAUCGAUUCAUGCAUCUCACCAACUAUGCCGUGAACAAACACUCCAACAACUUUGAAGUGAACAGAGGAGGCGAUACUGAAGGCACAGGCAGUAAACGAUCUCUCAAAUGGUUCUUCACCUGGCUGAGGGAAAAACUACCAAGCGAGAAGGUGGACAAAAUCUGGGACCAAAUCAGUGAUAUCUGUCUAAAGACCAUCCUAUCUGUGCAGCCUACCCUGGCACAGGAAUAUAGAUCGACCUUUGCGAAGUAUAUGCGCCGCCCCAACUCAGCAUCCAGAUCUGUCUCUCAGAAUACUGGAUCAUCGACACCGCCUUCUUGCUCUUUUGCCUUGUUGGGCAUGGAUGUGCUAAUCGACGAGCAACUGAAGCCUUGGCUGCUAGAAGUCAACCACUUGCCAAGUUUUGGCUGCGAUUCGCAGCUGGAUUGGAGCGUGAAGGAACCGCUAAUUUCUCAGACUUUCGAUCUACUUAAUGUCUCUAGCACCGACAAAGAGCGACAUGAUACUGAGCAUGCUCGCGCACUUCAACAGAGGCUUUACGGCGGUAUUGAGCUCCCACCUUUGAUCCCGCCAUCACCACGGACAAGUUCUCCCAAAGCUGCAAACGAUGCGGAUAAGGGAAUUCAGUUGCCAUUGAAUACCGAUCAGCUUCGUGAAGCGCUUUCCAGUUACUAUUCCCGUUUCAACUCGGACCGACUGCAUCAUCUUGACACCAUUCUGAACAAAUACGUUGACAAUCAGGAGGAACUGAAUCGCAGUCUCCAGCUAAAGUAUGAACCACUGAUUGACUUUGUUCGAAUAUAUCCUCCUUCCAGCUCACAGCAAGAUUCAAAGUAUCGCAAAAUGUUGGAUGCGUCCCAGAAGCAUAUAGACGAACUACAAUUGCGAUUCACGGCCCCACUUCAGCAUCGUCGACCAGAAACAGACAGCAAUGGAGUGGUACUCCCACCGCUGAAUGGUGCCCUGAAAAAAGAGCAACUUGGUCGAGACUGCUUCGGGUUUUCCGGAACGGACAAAGCGUUGCUGUUGACAUCUGCUGAAAAGAAACCUUUGGGAGUGCCGGGGCCAAUGCAAGUGGCAGCAGCUCAUCGAAUGAUGCUAGGUCACUCCAGCCAGAAGUUAUCUAUCAAACCUCCCACCCCACCAGAACCUCUUCCUUCGCGUUCGGGUACACCAGUAAGCUACGGGCUUCAGUACCGUGAACGACUCGCAACGAUCAAAAACAAGCCGACACUUGCUGUCUCUCAGGUUUCCUUCUGCUUCGACGGGCCGUUUUGA